AUAACGCUAUUCUCCGUUACCAAGGCAUUCUCGAGGCAAACACUCGCUAGCUGGAUAGCUCGGCUCGCCAAUCUGCCGGAUAAUCUUAUAGCUAUGAUAUAACCUCCGUCUAGCCUCUUCGCCGAGUUGAACUAUCAUCCCAAAAGGUGUCCCGAAACCCUCGACUCCAGCAUACUGCCAUUAGCUUCUCGACUGUUCGCUGCGUGGCCUAAAUUAGAGGCUGAAACAUCCUUUCCCCCCGUUUGGAUCAUCUCAGUCUACACGCUAGCUUAGCAACGUGAACGUUAGCUGCAAAGCCACCAUGGCUGAAUUUGGGUUUAAUGAACACCAUCAGAAUGAAGUCAUCAAUUACAUGCGAUUUGCACGUUCAAAGAUGGUCCUGAGACUUAAGACCGUUGACUCGUGCUUUGAAGAACUCAAAGAUAGCAGGCUGGUGGAGGAAACCUUCACAGUGGACGAGGUGAAGGAGAUGCUGGACGGGCUGCAGAUGGUGGUGCGCGGGGAGGUGGAGAUGGAGCUCAUCAACACGGCUCACACCAACGUGCUGCUGCUCAGGCAGCUCUUCUCACAGGCGGAGAAGUUUUACCUUCGACUGCAGAGCGAUAUCUCCGAGCUUGAGAACAGGGAGCUGUUAGAACAAGUGGCUGAAUUUGAGAAGACGGACUUUAAAAGCGGCGAUAAGAUGUACCAGGAAACGAAUAAACCCAAACUAGCACCGCUGAAUGAAAGCGGUGUGUCCGAACUUCUCAACAAGGAGAUAACGAGACUACAGGAGGAAAACGAUAAACUGAAAGCCAGAAUGCGGACUUUAGAAUCCCAGGCGAUGAGUGCACUGGACGAGAGAACCAAAGCAGACCGAGCCCUGAAAGACCUUCAGAAGGUGCAAGGGGACCAGCAGCUGGCUGCUCAAUCCCAGGAGAUCAGCGGCCUGGAGGACACGGUGGCUUCUCUGAGGGACGACUACGAAAGGUCUCUGAGCGCCAACUCUGCCUCCCAGAAGGGUCUGCAGGAGAACCUGAUCUCUGCCAAACAUGAGCUCCUGCGAGUGCAGGAGCAGCUGUCCUUGGCAGAGAAGGAGUUGGACAAGAAGUUCCAGCAAACUGCGGCCUACCGCAACAUGAAGGAGAUCCUGACGAAGAAAAAUGAGCAGAUCAAAGACAUCAGAAAACGAUUGCAGAGAUACGAGCCCAAUGAAUGAGUCGUACCUCCAGACAACAGGCGGUCCAGAGGGGCCGGACAGGUUCCACCGCCGAGAGACGACAGAGAAAUUGGACGAGGGAUUGCUUCUUCGCGCUUUUAUCUGGCAUCUUCAGCAGUGAUUGGCUUUAGUAAAAGAGUGUGAGCGGAGUGGGGGAGGGGAGGGGGUCAUCAGUGACAAGAUAGCCUUCUCCAGCUGUGGAUUUUUUUCUUUUUCUUUCUACGUUCCCAGUUAGCGGAGCGGAGUGUAGCGAGUAGACUCCCCUCAGUGUGCUCGAUGCAAUAACCACCACGUCCCUGUUUGAAGAGGCCUUUGUCCAACUGGAAGGAGACGCACUGCGACUGCAUCUACCAGAUGGUUGUAGGUGAUGUUUAGCUUAGUCCAGCAGCGGGUAUUGAUCGUUGACAUUUUGUGUUUUUAAUUUUUAGCAGUCAGUCCAAAAUAUUGUCGAGUUAGACCCUAAGCCAAGCCCAAGCCAUUCAGGUUUAUUAAUAGGGGACAGCUUCAAAGUCAUGUUUACCAAAUCUUUUUGAGGUCACCCCUGCUUUAAUUUGUCACCUCAAACAUGUAUUGCAUUUCACACAAAACAUAUUUCCGACAAUCUGACAUUCUGUGAAAGUCUGAUCGUCGGAAAUAUGCCAAUAUUUUAACAUUUUAACCUCGUUAGUUUUUUGCCCUGCUCUUGCUUAUUGAAUGACGUGGAUCGUGAUCCUGAAUGAUUUCCCCCGACACAAAUGGGCACAGAAUAUUUUUGUCUGGAAUCUUUAACUGUGUACAUUUCGUAUUGCUGUGGGUGAUGUAAAAUGAAUAUAUAUAUAUAUAUAUAUAUAUAUAUAUAUAUAUGAUGUUCAUGAAGUAAUGUUCUUGCAGAGUAUGAUACAUCAACCUUAUACUACACUAGAUGUGCAUUUGUUGGUAUUGUGCAAAUUAUGGGGAAAUAAAAGCUGUUGACAAAUAAACGUGUGGUCAUUCUUAGUGAGUCAAGUAAUAGUUUUUUCCACUUUAAGCUUAAGGUAUAUUUAAUCAUUUAAACACCAAGUACAAUCACUGAAGACUGAAGCUUUCUGACCUCUGAUUGUAUUGUAAUAUUUUUCUGUCUAGGACCAUGAUGAAUAUACCCUGUGAAGGCCUGACCCACAACAUGUCUCUCUUCUCUGACCCACUACAUGGUGGGGUUGGUUUCAGGGUAUUGUCUGGCAAUAAACAAUAAAUAACCAAAA